AUGACGAGGAAGAAGCUGUUAAAACACGAAGACCAUCGGAGCCAUUCAGCGAUAAAACAUGAUUUGGUUAGCCUCAAAAUUAAUUUAUACAUCUUUCGUCCAACAUUUAUGUAGAUAAGGAGCAUGUAAACCUCUGCCAUGUCUCAACCUGAGCAUCUAAACACAAGCCCUUGGGGGUUGUCUGAGUUUUUGGUUCAGAGGAGGCUGGUUUGUUUUGGGGCAUUCUUGGUCUGGAUGGUCCUCUUCCACUUACUGGUCAAUGUAUGGCUUCUCUGUGUCUUCACAAGCCUCUUAGUGGUCUUAGGUGGAUGGCUCGGCUCUCAGGCUGUACUGGACUCUGAAAAUGUCAUUCAUCUGGAGCGGUUUGUAAAACUGGAAGAGAUCCUGUCUAGCGCUGAGAGUGAGCAACAACUGGAAGAUGAAAUCCAGAAGACAGUCGGCAAGAUUGUCCGAGACUUUGUCUCCUCUUGGUACAGCACAGUGUCCAGAGAACAAGAGUUUGAGGAUGAGGUGCACAAUGCUAUGAUCUCCAUGGCGAUGGAGCUGAAGGGUCGGGCGGAAAGAGUAGAUAGGAAAGUUUUAAUGCAGAAGGUGUUGGAUCUCUCUGGAUGCCACCUUCAGUGCUACUUGAGUGCCAAGGAAGUCGUGGAUGAAAAAGAAGCUGGGUCAGAUGGUGAUGGUUGUAGCAGGCUCUGGGAGGCCUACAGCAAAUUCUGCAUACCUCAUCCUGCUCUUCAGAGCUCUGCUGUUGAGGUGAAUUACACAAGGGCCAUUGUGGAUCUCCUUUUGCAUGUUCUUGUACCUCCUCCACAUUUAGAAACCAGAACAGGUCGAUUUGUGGUGGGUGAACUUAUAACAUGCAAUGUCAUUCUGCCUUUAAUUACAAAACUGUCCGACCCAGACUGGUUAAACAUGUUGAUUGUAAGUGUCUUUACUAAAGCCAAUGAACCAACCCCAGAACCAGAGUCAGUUGAAAUUCAGCCUCCACUAAAAGUUGUGUUUAAUCAAGAAGACGCAGCGCAAGACCUUGAGAUUCCUUGUGUUUUGAGUUUGAAAGUCACUCCUGAGAUCCCUACAGUAACAGAGGCUCCAACACCAGAAUUGGCAGCUUAUGAUAUCAUCGACUCUACUGAACUUUUUUCACCGCACACUCUGGAAGAUGAUGAACCACGGCCAACCAAAACAUUUCCAUCGGUUUUCGGCCCAGGGGAUUUCCUCAGACUCGGCAAGCCCAAUCCGUUUUAUCAAGAAACAGACUCUGAUUUAGAGUCUCCUUUGACAGACUUUAAAAGGGGUUCUACAGAAUCACUGGUUCUGAUUGGCACAGAGGAGACACUUUCAGAAAGACUCACCGAAUGCACCACUCCGAUAGAUGGUGUCUUGGACCUUGAAGAUGAACUUCCAACAUACACCAAUACGAUAGAGAAGGCGUGCCCCAAGGUUCUGAUCUCAGAACAACAAGAGUUGUCAUUACUUUUCACUGGUGUGACAGAGGAAGAGUCAUCAAGCUUUUGCACUCUCCAGCCAUUGGACAAGACUAACUCGAGUGCAGAUAAAGGGAGGACUAGUGCAGAUCAGUCUUGCAUGGUGAAGCCCUGUGAGCUGGCUUUGACUGCACCCCUGCAGGCCUCCUCACCAGCUGCGGGGACGCCAUCCCUGAUGCCUUUCACCUUUGAGCCCCUCAGUAGUCCAGAGGGUCCAGUCAUUAUCCAGAAUCUUCGAAUCACCGGCACCAUCACUGCCAAGGAACACAGAGGCACGGGCUCGCAUCCCUACACCCUCUACACUGUAAAGUAUGAGACAGCUGUGGACACUGAGAAUCUAGAGACUUUGCAGCCAUUGGCCUAUCACACUGUCAACCGACGAUACAGUGAAUUCCUCAACCUUCAGACCCGUUUGGAAGAGAAACCAGAAUUACGCAAAAUUCUGAAAAAUGUGAAAGGACCAAAGAAAAUCUUUCCUGAGCUUCCAUUUGGAAACAUGGACAGUGACAAAGUCGAGGCCAGGAAAGGACUGUUGGAAACAUUCCUUAGACAACUUUGUGCCAUUCCUGAAACUGCCAACAGUGAAGAAAUGCAAGAAUUUCUUGCUCUGAACACUGAUGCGAGAAUUGCCUUUGUCAAGAAACCUUUCAUUGUUUCACGCAUAGAUAAGAUUGUGGUGAACGCUAUUGUGGACACAUUGAAGACGGCUUUCCCUCGCUCAGAGCCACAGAGCCCUACUGAUGACAUAGACGCAGAGCCUGAUGGGAAAUUCUCCACGGACAAAAAAUCAAAGUCUAGAAUGAGGUUCUCUAGUAAAAGUGCACCUGCUAUUAAUGUGUCUGAAAUGAGACCCAAAGUGGUUUACUGCUUUGAUGAAAGCAACACUGUUUUUAAUGGCUUCUCAUUGAAAGAGUUUGAGAGCUUCAUCUCAGAGAAGGAGUGUUUUGAGGGUAAAGCUCCAAGCUUUGAUGCUGAUGGAGACAGAAGCGGGUCACACGGACACAAAUGGAAUACGAAACCCUGCACAUGUGCCAGAGCGAAGCAACAAAAUGCACCUAUUCUCAGUGACACUGCCAGUGAGACGGCUCUGUCUGACCUGGCCUUGAAAAUCCUAUGUCUACUCAUGAAGAAUCAGUGGAGCUGGCUGUGCACAGAAAACAUUCAGAAGACCAUCAGACUGCUUUUUGGAACCUUCAUAGAAAGAUGGCUGGAGGUGGGUGUGAUUAACCUGACUUGUACGCAGUAUUGGGUGAUUUAUCUGCGGGUGCUGCAGGAAGCCAUCUGGCCCGGGGGGAAUCUGCCGGCCCAACCCCGGCCCCAGCGGAGCCCGCAGCAGAAAGAGGAGUCCAGAAAGCAGGCUUUGCUGUGCCUGAUGAAACUACUGCCAGAUCUAAUCUCUGAUAUGCUUGGCUCUGAGAAGUACAAGAUAUCUUGGCAGACGGCUGUGGAUUCUUUUCAGGACCCCACUAUAAACAGGCAUCUUGUUUUCUGCAUCUGGGAUCUGCUUAUUGAAUUUCUCGUCCCGGAGGCAUCUGACGGGAACUUUCAGAAAACACUUCUGCACAGCCUGUCUAAAAAUGCUGAGAAGUUGCCACCAUAGGCAUGUUGAAGCGGACUUAAGACAUUAACACACUUGCACACAAACAUGUCACUUAUGUUAAAGAGUGGUAAACUAGCAGCAUCAGAUGGAAAUACAGGUAAAAAGAUGUACUCAACAAUUGUCAUUGCCCCGUGUUCAGACUGUGGAUUUGGAUCCAUGAUUGCUUAUGUCUGGCACCAAUUUAGUCUCCCUGGUUCUGGGACCCAAACACACUACGCACAUCCGGGCUAGACUUGAUUAAAUGGCCAUCUGUUUUGUGUUUUAUCAAAACACAAAUCCAAUCUCUAAAGCCCUACAUACCGGAUCUGAAUUAUUCACAUGUUCUUAAGCUUUUAUCCACCUUGUUCCCACUUCAGCUUUGGGUAAAGCUCUUACAGAUGGACUUCACAAUGGAGCAGAGUUCAAAAUCAUGACAGUGUAAUAUUCAGACUGAUUUGAGAACAAGUCUAAUUGGGUGAUUCUCACGACACCUCUCAAAUGUCCUGGUUGUAUAUUCCUAAAUCGAUACAAAAAAAAAAACAUUUAUAUUUUUCAUAAAAAAGAUUAAGCCUAUUUAGGACCAUUAUGAUGUUUUUGCAUUGUGACAUUAUUUUCAGAACACUUAAGCACAUUUAACCCCCAAUUUGUCAUUACCGUAACACUUCCUGAUGUUGUACUUUUAUUCCCAUUGUUUUCAAUGAUGAUUCUCAUUACCGUAACACAAGUCAUGUUUUGUUACAGCUUAUGCGAUUAAUGAGAAUAUCAUAACGUCCAUCUUUUUUCGCAUUAUGAGAAUUACAGGGAAAAAUGUAUGAAAUUGCCACGAAAAAAUUAUCAGAAUGUAAAACAUCUUUAAUUUUCCUGAAAAUAGGCUUCCUUUUCCAUAUGUAAAAUAUAAUUUCUAAUUAAAAAAAAAAAAAAAACAUUCCCUUGACAGGUUUCGUGAGAAUCACCCUAUUAGCCUUUCAGACUUGAAAUACCCAAGUUUAUUUAUUUACAUUGCAUUCCCUCCCUUUGCACUUGAUAUCCCAACUUUGAGCCUUCGUUAGAGAUACUUUAGAGGUCUUAUCUCUCCUGCGCCCCAGGGGGGAAGCCUAUUUUUCCAUGAGAGAUUUCCUUCUGAAGUAUGAAAUUCGAAGUUCGCACAUGCCAUAUCUGCUUCUGAUGUCACGGUAAUGCUGUACGUGCUUUAUGCUCUUUCAGCUAAGUUACAAAGCCCUUAAAACAUUAUGUCUCUCUUCACAACCUGUGAUUAAGUGGUUAGAAGCUGACAUAAAGCCGCCACUUAGACAAAAGGGUUAUGUCUAUACGGCAAAAACAGGGCCAGUUUUCAGUUUAUUUGAUGUCUUAAGGUUCUACAAAGGCCUUCUGUUGUUCAUCGUGGAGAUCUUGUAGAUCACUGGAGAUAGUCAUUCCCAUUCGAUUACUGUACAUUUCCAUACAACACAGUGAUCGCUCUUGUCAUAUUCACUUAUUGAAGUAUGUAAAUAAUUUAUCUUAAAUUGUACGUUUAAUAAAGUCUAUUUCUUUUAGAUGAACUGUAUAUAGAGAGGGAAAUUAAGUUCUAACACCAAAUGAUAAAGAAUGACAUUGUUUUUCGGAUUUGUGCUUUCACAUUUUCUUUAGGCCACUGUCUCUUAAAGAAAGAUCUAGCACAAUGAGGUAAUCUCUUGUUUACCUUAAUGUGUGUGAAUUUAAUUUGAUGCAGCUUAAAAAUAUAGUAACAAAUGAUGCACAUAACUGAAAAGAACCAUGAAAGCUACUGAAACAGCCUUUGUUCAUUCCACAUAAUUAUGUAUAAUGUGUAAUUGGCUAAUGUGUUAAGUGUUACUGUCAAUUGUUUGUUACUGUUGCCUGUAUUUUGCAAGAUGUUUUAUUUACAUAAUUGCUUUGUCUAGUCUUUACUAUGCUUGCACAAAUAACCCAGUAGGUGUGGUAAAAUAAACCAGUCUUUUAUUUUUGUAUGUGAUCAUGUGAUCCACAUCUUGAAUCGACGCAUGUUGGAUUCAGAUUUUGCACUGCGAGCGCUGUUGCUGUUGGUUUAGCAUGCAUUACAAUGGAUGGAUGGCUUUGUUACACUGUACUUGUGCUUUCAAUGCACUGAAUCUGUUUCUGGUGCUUAAAUAUUGUAGGCCUUACAUUGUCCUGAUGUAUGUUGAAAUAAGAGUAACAAUUAUGAUUGUUAUUGACAGUUCAGUGGAGGUGCAUAUUACAGGUUACUGCUACAAUGUGUCUGGCGUCUGUUUACUUUUAGAAUCAGUUACAUGUUAUUCUUAUUAAUAGUAAUUUAUUCUAACUUAAUUGUGAAUCAAGAAAUG